UGGAUUCAGAGAAAAAAAUACGAACUAGCUAAUACUCCAAGUUGCUUGGAGGGAGAGAUAUGUGAUCACACUCCGGCAAACUCACGGGGUUCCAAUGAGGCCCUCAUCCAAGAUGCCAUCGAGGCUAUCGGCAUGGGCCGCUACCAAUGGAAGUUGAUGGCUUCCUGUGGUUUUGGUUUCAUUGCUGACCAGAUGCUUCUAGCGUCUAUAAGUCUUGUUAUGCCACAAGCUAGCAAGGAGUUUUCACCGCAAUAUGCGACUCUACUAUCUGCUGCCCAGUAUGCAGGUCUGGCCGUCGGCGCUGUAUUCUUCGGGUUCGUGUCGGAUCUUAUCGGCCGUCGUCUGACAUGGCAAGUUUCGAUUUUCGGCGUAUCGAUCUUCACGGCCGCUGGUGCUGGCUCAUCCACCUGGGCUACUUUGAAUGUGUUUAUUGGUAUAGCGGCUUUCUUUGGUGGAGGAAAUUCUUGGCCACUGGUCGUGAACUUCUGCUGCCCACAGAAUGCCACCUCAGCCACAUGCUCAAAAGCUGACAACAUGGGAUGGAGAUAUCUAUACAUCAUUCUUGGGGUCUUCUGCCUGUUGAUGUCAAUUCUCCGCACGUUUGUUCUUGGAAUGAGCGAGUCACCGAAAUGGCUUGCCUCACAAGGAAAUAGAGAGGAAGCAGUCGUUUCCAUCAACACAAUUAGUCGAGUCAACAAGUCAUCAUAUACCAUGUCGGUCGACCAACUCCAUGAACACCCGACAGUAUCCAACAACAUCAAAAAUGCUUCCAACAUGAUUAUCAAUCUCUUCCGUGGCAAACAACAAGUCCGCUCCAUGAUCUGUCUGAUUUUCAUCUGGCUACUCGUCGGCAUCGCGUAUCCUGUAUAUCAGGUCUUCCUAACGUAUUAUCUCGAAGCGAACGGCAUCAAGCUUGGCGAUGGUAGCGUUUACAAAACAUAUCGCGACUUUUGCAUCUCUGCGGUGGUGAGCAUCUUCGGCCCUAUCCUCAGCUCUUAUCUGGUUGAGAUCCAUUUCCUCGGCCGCCGCCGCUCAAUUACUUUGAUGGCCUGGGGGUGUUCCAUUUGCGCGGGGUCCUUUACCGCUGUCAAAACUGAGGCCCAGAGCGUGGCCCUCUCAUGUAUGAUCAACUUCUUCCUGAACGCCAUGUACGCGGUUAUCUAUGGAUAUACCCCCGAAAUCAUGCCCGAUAAGUAUAGGGCUGUCGGGUGCGGCCUGCUGAUGGCUUGUGGACGGGUUGGUUCGCUGACGGCCCCGUUUAUAGCUACAUGGGGCAAUGUGUAUUCUUCUGUGCCUAUCUUUGUCUGCUGCGGGCUUUUUGUAGUUAUUGGAUUUGUGUCGCUGGCUUUGCCCUUUGAGCCUCGGGAUGUUUCCACUAGUAGGUGA